UAGCUUUCUAAGCGGUGCCAGCUUGGCUCAGUUGCUUUCUACACCAUAUCAGCUGGUAGAGAAGAUUUCGUAUCUGUCAAGCUUUGAGAUUUUUAUUUGCAAGUUUCCCUAUCAACGAAUGUCUCUUCAGAAAAAAAACCGACCACUUCAGCUUAAACUCAUCCCAGACCGCAAAAUCUCCUGGUUCCUGUGACGGAAUAUCCACAACGGUAGUCACUGAUAAGCCACUUAGAUUACACCUGUUGUGGCUGCCUACCGCAGCGGCGCAAACCGUGUUCCCGACAACAAAUGUGAAGUUUGCGCGGCUACUCGAAUCUCGAAUGGGGUUAAUCGGACACGGUUGGCAGUCGGUUGCAUUGCGACACGGGAAUUCGUACCGCGAGGACAGUAAGAACUAGUUAGUCUACAAUCGAGGGGAUCGAUCUAUCCGAUCGAUCGAGCACCCGCGCGAAGUGAAAGUGGCGCAAAGCUGAUAAGGAAACAGCAACCAACGUGGAGAGUCGCCGCCAAGUCGUUUAACACGGAAGAAAUGACUGAUCAGGGAGCCGAUAAGAGCGAGGUUAAUGGGAGCUCGACAAAACCCAACUCGGCCGAUACGCAUCGCAUCGAAAUCCAGCACAUCCAGCUGCACGAUGUGGUCAGCUACGAGGGCAAACCGCGCGUCUACACCUACAACGAAGCCCUGGAGCUAGUUGGCACGGGCCGCUUCCACACGCUGCUCCUGUUCGUGUGCGGUUUCUGCCUAAUGAGCGUCAUCAACGAAACGCUAAACAUGGGCUACAUUAUUUCCGCAGCCGAAUGCGACCUGGGGCUGAGUUUCUCCGAUAAAGGCAUGCUCAACGGGGCGGCCUUCUGCGGGGUGGUCGUCAGUUCGCACCUGUGGGGCUUUCUUUCGGACACCUGGGGCCGCCGGAGGGUCCUACUGCUGGCUACCAGCUGUGGCCUGCUGUUUUCGGUUGCGUCGAGCUUCUCCGUCAACUUCUGGAUGUUCACCGUGACGCGGUUCUGUGUUGGAUUUUUCAUUUCUGGCAACGCGGCAACCUCGUACGCCUAUUUAGCCGAAUUUCACACGGAUAAAUCCCGUGCUAAGGUGAUCUCCUGGGCGGCAAUGUUCAUGGCCGUCGGCACAAUCUAUCUCCCGUUGAUGGCUUGGUUGAUUAUCCCACUGGGAGCCGAUUGGAAUCUUUACAUCGAACCACUCGGAAUUCAGUACAACCUUUGGCGACCCUAUCUGAUGCUGUGCUCCCUUGGCAGUGUGAUCAUCAUCGUCGGGAUGCUGUACCUUCCCGAAAGUGGCAAGUUUCUUCUCACCACCACCGGCGAGGAGGAGAAAGUGAUACAGAUUUUGGCCAAGAUUUACCGCUGGAAUUGUGGCCAACCCGAACAUACAUUCCCGGUGAAAUCUAUCGCGCUGGAUGCAAUCGACAGCGCCUUCGCCAGCGAAAUGCAACGCAAAUCGAGCCUCGGGCUGCGGUACGUGUGGGAACAGACGGUGCCAUUGUUCCAGCGGCCCCUGGUUGGUAAUACGGCGCGGGCAGCCUUUCUCAUGUUCGGCCUCUUCAUCGCGUCCUCCGGUCUGAUGAUGUGGAUGCCGGACAUUUUGAACAUGUACGUCAAUUACAAGCAGAGCAAAAUCACCAUCUGCCAGGUGGUGGAAAUAAUUCACCACAAUCGAACGACACCAUCUACUGCUGCUGGAGCAACCGCCGCUGUUUGCUCGGUGAAUAUCGAUUCUACGAUUUUCGUCAUUUCCACCGCGAUGGGAGUUUUGUUUCUAUUGUGCUACAUCCUUAACGGGGCCAUUAUCAACCUGGUGGGGAAGAAACUAUUACUGAACAUCUGGUACGUGGCGAGCGGCGUUUGCGGAAUCAUCGCACUGUGGACUUCCGAUUUCUACCUGACGCUGCUGGUGAUCGUGGUUUUCCUCGCCGUCGGCUGCUGCGGAUCGGUGCUCAGCGCCAUAUCGGUUGAUCUAUUUCCAACUAAUUAUCGAGCAAUGGCUCUCUGUCUGAUACUGAUGACCGGCCGGCUCGGAGCCAUGAUCGGCAGCAAUCUGGUGGGUUUCCUGCUUACCUACAACUGUGAUCUAAUCUUCUCGCUGCUAGGCAGUCUAUUAAUCGUUUGCGCUCUAAUUGGGACGACCUUACCGGGAAAGUGACGGAGUGCCAUUUGCAAAAAAAAUGCAGCCAACAACACGGGGAGACUAGGCCAAACUACUACUACCUAUAGGCGGGACAUAUCAUUUUCGUCAUCGUCGUCACGUUUCGGUUCGAUUCGCAUUUCACUGGCUGAAAAGAAUCGAACACAGUAUCUACCACCAGCAGCAUGAGUUUUGCGCGCAUCCAGUACUCGAAGAUAAGUCCAUAUGUAAUAAAGUAAUAAAAUUGUUAAGCUAUUA